UCUGUCAAGAUAGAUGUCAACAACGCUCUUUUACUACAAAUCCAUAAAUUCAAAUUCCGUUGUGAAUUUUCUCGUUAUUAAAUGUUUACUGAGGAUGUGAUGUAGAUUAAGUAAUUCUUACGGCGAAGUAAGGACCAAAAGUAAAUAUAUUAGUUCUUUUGAAGAAGUGAAACUCAUAUACAUAGUUUGCAAAUAAAAUGUUUAAUUUAUGGUGGGUUCUUACGUCUUAUGUGAGAUCAAUUGUCAAGUGGUUUUUGAGGAAAACCACAGGUCUCUGCGAAUUACAAAGAAUAUGCUACGGAGAAGUAUCAGGAGCACCAAGAAUUCUAGCGGUUGAAAGUUCCUUAAAUUUAUCAAAAAGUCCACAACUGAAGAAGUUGGUCUCUCAUCUCAACGAUAUAAGCGAUAAUCUUAGACUUAAAGGGUCCAACGAGCGAGAUAUAUUAAAAGGUGCUGUGAGUACUGUACUUCUAGUCAAAAAAAUAAAUCCACAUAUUCAUUUUCAAUUUGUGAAGAACUUCGGUAAGUGCAUAGAGCAAAUUUGGGGUUAUAGACAGCUUAUUGCUGAAAUUGAAUCUUUGAGAACAGUUAAGUUUGAUUCUGAGAAUCCUGAUCAUGAACAAAAGUUGCUGGAAUUGUGGGAUACAUUGAUGCCUGAUGAGAAAUUAGAUAAUCGCAUUUCUAAGCAAUGGCAGGACAUUGGUUUCCAAGGAGAAGAUCCCAAGACAGAUUUCAGAGGAAUGGGGCUCUUAGGUCUUGAGAAUCUUCUUUUCUUUGCAACAGAGUAUAAGUCAGCUGCUCAACAUGUUUUGUCUCAUAGUCAUCAUCCAGUUUAUGGUUAUUGUUUUGCUAUAGUUGGAAUCAACUUGACUAGUAUGGCAUUACAGCUUGUAAGAAAUGGUGAUGCAAAGACUUAUUUUUAUAAUACCUCAAAGUGCUUGCCCAGUAUUAGACUCUUUCAUCAGUUCUAUAGUUAUUUGUUUUAUGAGUUUGAUAGGUAUUGGCUGGAGUGUAAACCAGCAGAUAUAAUGGAAUUUUCUUCAAUUAAAGUUAGAUUUGAGAAUAAUAUUAGGACUAGCCUUAUGGAUCCAAACUCAGUUUUCAAAAUCAACAUUUGGAUUGAUACAGUUUGAAAAAAUUUACUGAAUGAUCCAGCAAACAAAUACUUUUCGAAGCAAUUCAAAUCACACUUAGCUUUAAUAGUAAGCUAUAACACAAUUUGUCUACUUUUCAAUUUUUUUCAUAACUUGUCAAUUAUUAAGAAAUGAUUUGAAGAAAUAUGGGUGUAUGAUUCACCUACUCUUGGUUGUACUUUUCUUAAUGAUUUUUAUUGUGACAGCACAGCUCUGAAGGCUCAUAUGAAGUUAUUCUACUGGUGGAAAAUAAUGAUGCCACUUCUUUGAAUUACUUCUUUCAUAAACAUAUAUCAUUACAUUUGUUCAAUGAAUGUGUGAUUUUUUUAUUAUGAGACAAUCAACAGUGACUAGUCUAGUUAUAUUAUUUAUUUGUUAUGUUUAUUGAUUCAAAAAUAUUAUGUAAAUUCGUUUUAUUUAUUUGAAAUUAUAAGGAGUAAAAUAACAAUAUGAAGUGCUCAAAUAGAGAAUUUUCUCUAAUUAUAUGUUGGUUUUGGAACUAUUAUUUUUUGAUUGAUAUUUACAAUAUAAUUUAGAUAUACAAUAUGUA